GUUGGGUACACAGAAAGUCUGAAGGAGUGAAAGAUCAACCAGUAGAGAAUGACCUGUUACCCGUUGAAAACAUCAUUCACUGUGUAGAAUCUCUCGAUCUAAAUGAACACUUUUAUUAAAACUGGUCGUCAUUAUAUAAAACCUUAUUACCUCUUACAAAAAAGACAGUCGAACCUCAAGCAUAUAUUUUUGUUCUCCACAACAACCACGAUGUCUAUGGCCAACUCACAUGGAGCAGGAGAUUCACCUCAAAGUGCCUAUCCUGAAAGACGAGGAUGGAUGCACAUAUUACAGUCAGCCAAAUUUAAACUAGAUUAUAACCAUGAUAAAACACAGGUCGUCGUACAUCACCCAGGAUUGUCAUAUGAAGCUUAUAAACGAGAUAGCAAUCCUUCUAUAUCUAGUUUACUAAUGUUGCCAAUGACAGCCCGUGCUUACGCCUACCAUAAACCGAUGGAUCAAUCAGGUGCCACUUUUCUGGAUUAUGCAAAAAUGACUGCCGAUCAUUUUACGUUUAUGGUAAGCGUCGUGAUGGAGAUUGAGAGUACAAUGUACGACCCUCUCAUUGAUAAAAUUCCUUUGGAUGUCAAACUUAGUCUGGGAUUCAUUGGUAAAACCUCACUAAACUCAGUAGCAGAGGUGUCGUUACCAUCAAAUGGUAUGACGUUGAUGAGAAACUGUAACCAAGUGGUGUUAGUAGACAAAGCUACCCGGAAGCCCACACCCGUCCCAGAUUGGUGGAAGCAGAAAUAUUCGUCAAGUACUGUAGGGAAUACCGCUUUAAUCAUUCCCAAACUGACCAAGCCGGAAUCUGUUCACCUGUGUAAACUGUUUGUUGCAUGGAGUGAUACUGAUAACUAUAACCACACAACGUCCGCCUCAUAUCCCAGAUUUGCUGUAGACGCAAUUCAUCAUGCUAGUUCAUCUAAUUUCUUGAAAAUAAUAUCAGAAAAUCAUUUUAAAGCGGGUGUGAAAAGAGUGGAAAUGUCGUUUCUUGGUGAAAGCGCUGAAGGAGAUCUUCUUGAAAUAUGCGUUUGGGAGGAUCAACAGAAACCCAUAGCUUACUGCGAAUUCUUGAGAGGAGGGGAAACUAUUCAUCAAAGUUCCGUAGAAUAUCACACGCCACCUGCUUAUUCCGAUGUUGGUAUAUAAUAAAUUUCAUUGGCUCUU